AUGGACUCGUUCAAACUACUUUUGCAGGAGGUGAUGCAGAAGCCGAGCGUUGCAGGUCUACAAAUGAUUUGCUCGCAAGUUGAAGCAUGGGACAAUUAUAUGCCUGGCAAAGUUAAAGAGAUGGCACACAGAGCUAUUACUACGUUUGUAUCGGAGGGCACUUUAGCCGCUGAAGAGGAUUUGCUCCGUUUGUACAGAAUAUUAGGCAAAUAUAGCAAGAAAAUGGGGGCGGCCAUGGUCUUCGAAAAACUAGACGAAACUGGUCGAUUUACGCACUCACUCAAGUUCCAUCUUAUUUGGGCCGAAAGCUAUGCAAAAACGGGCGAUUUGACCAAUUUCUCCAGAGUUUUAAAUCUUGCGAAGAACCGACUAACUCAACUAUCUACAUAUGAACUGGAAUCAGGAUUCAGGGAUCUCGCCGACCAGUAUCUGCAAGCGGGUGAUAUUUUUAAUGACGAGGAAGAGACCAUGGCAUGUUUUAACAUCAAAAAGUCUGAUCUGAAAGCAAAAAGAUCUCGACGCCGUUCUUCCCUUGCGGUUAUUGAAGCACGUGCUAAAGACACGUUCAUAUCUGCUGAUGCCCCAAAGACUGCAUCUUUUGGCCCUAACACUCGCACCAAAUUGCGUUUCGAGUUGAUCGACCGUCCCAACGAUUCGUACAUUGCUCCGUCUCUGGAAGAAUUCAGGGCAGCCAUGGUGGCUGACGAGCAGAUGGCCGAUGGAUGUGAUAUUGUUGAUGAUGUGCCUAUGGAUAUUACCGUCACGCAACCUGAAACAAUGAUAAUUCGACCACAUCCGCAGAGCAUUCCUGAGUCGAAAGAGGUGGGGUUUCCUGUUUUAAAAGCGACAUACCACGAAUUUGACGAGCAUGGUAAGCGUAAUAGAAUAUUGGAAACAGUAGUGGAAUGUGAUUCGGACUUCUCGAAUGACGACAAGCGUAGAAGAGUCCUUUCUCCGACCAUCCCCACCCGUGAAAGUGUGUUCUCCUCGCGCAUGCAGAAAUCGUCUCCACCGCCCAAGGAAUCCUCUGCGGCCACUCGACCUCCAUCAACAUCUGAAUUCCUUAGUGGCUCUUCCUUCACCGAAAAGGCGUACAGUGAUAUGAAGGCAAUGUUUUCUGACACAGUAGUUAUUAGCAAAGGAGGUCUACCUGGAAUUACUGAUGAAACUACACUUCCGGUUGCUGCUCCAGCUGUUGAAGCUUUCGAAGUUUACGUCGACGACGAUUUGUCUCAGCGCACUGUGGUGAAUUCGGAAAACAUCCCUCGUGAAGUCAAUUUUCCGCGUCAGUCAGAGGAACGGAUUCCUCUUCAGCCUAUUUCAGUUCGUGCUGAUAGCAAAGCUAUAGGAGAUGCAAAGGACAAAAACGAGGAGGCAGUGGAUCGCUUUGAUUUACCUAUGGAAAGCAUGCCGCUUAAAUCGAAGAAGCAGUUGUUCAUUGAAGACGAAGAAACAAUAGCAGGAGCGAAAUUCACCAUGUUGGGCAUUGAUAAGAAGCUUGAACGUGGCAUUGUAACAUCUACACCUGCUCAUCCGCUGACUCAUCCUCCUACACACGAAGAUUUUUUUGCACCACUUAAUCAUGUAUUGGAAGAACAAAUGAAGAAAGAGCAAGAUGAAGAAGAGAUUUAUGCUCAGUCGACAUUCGUGAAGAGACGUUCCAUUGCACCUCCGAAAACGAUUACCGUUGCGCCAAAACCUUCCGUUGCCAGGCCAAGAACGGUGCAGGCUGCUGAACGUUCGAUGGAAUUAGCACUCGACAAAAUGAAGAUAGGUGAUUCUCAAGAAGUAGAGCCGAACUCGGAAUGCGAUGUCGAUCUUGAAGACCACGACAAGACUGGAGUGGGACUUGUUGACGAAGCAGUCACUAGUGUGAUGAAUCCAUGGGAUAGACAACUUCGAUGUGAGAUCUUGAAAAAGAGCCACAAACCCUGCUACCAGCAUGAGUUUGAUACGACGUGUCCUCGAGUUGCGCCAGGAAAAUCUGUCAAUUUCGGAGGAGAAGUAUUUAACAUAGUUGAACUUGUGGGUCAGGGAGGUUUUGCAAAAGUUUACAAAUGUACAAAUGAGGAGAAGAGAACGCUGGCACUCAAAUACGAAAUUCCUCCUUGUCCUUGGGAAGUGUACAUUUGUUCUGAAGUGAAAAUGCGUAUCGAUCGCUCAAAACAAUUCAUCCUUGAUAGUGUUAUGGAGGUCACAGAGGCUUACGUUUUCACCAAUGCAUCAGUCCUGUUCAAUCAGUAUCAUCCUCAUGGCACACUCUUGGAUCUCUCGAACAAAUGGACUGAUCCCAGUUGGUAUAUUGUUGCAUUGAUCGCCAUUCAGAUCGCUAAGAUACUUCGUGAACUACAUGCUGUUAAGAUUAUCCAUGCAGAUAUCAAACCUGACAACUUUAUGAUUCUUGGAAAGUUGAGUGACUCUCAUGAGAAUAUCGAGAAAAUUCUCUCGACGCCAAUACUGAAGUUGAUAGAUUGGGGUCGCGCUAUUGACAUGCGAGUGUUAGCAGGUCAUACUUUCACAGGAAGAGCGGGUACCGAGAAAUUCGAUUGUUCAGAAAUGCUGGACGGGCGCCCGUGGACCUAUCAGACGGACUAUUUUGGCUACGUAGGCACACUGCAUGUAUUUAUACAGGGAAAGUAUGCCGAGAUUGUUAAGCAGAAUGGCAUCUUCAAAGUGAAUGGUUCCAUGAAAAGACGCUUGGCUGUUCGUGAAGUGCUGGAAGCUACGUUCAUCGAGUUUUUGAACAUUCCCGAUUGCGAACAUAUGCCUAGCUGGGAUGUUGUCAUUCAUAAGAUGGAAAAAGAGUUUGGCGCUAGAUUCUCGCCGAUGGAAUGGCGUCAGGCAGUUGCACGCUUCAACUCAUUUAUACCAUAA